AUGAAGCUCCUUGUGCUGGCUGCUCUGCUCACAGUGGGUGCUGCCGUGAGCCCAAGGGCAGUAUGGCAGUUCCGCAGCAUGAUCAAGUGCGUGAUCCCCGACAGUGAUCCCUUGAAAGAGUACAACAACUACGGCUGCUUCUGUGGCCUCGGCGGAUCAGGCACCCCGGUGGAUGAACUGGACAGGUGCUGCCAGAUACACGACAACUGCUACGGUCAGGUCAAGAACCUGAAAAGCUGUACAUUCCUCAUGGACAACCCCUACACCAAUAUCUACUCAUACACAUGCUCCGGCUCUGAAAUCAUUUGUAACAGCAGCAACAAAGAAUGUGAGGCUUUCCUCUGCAACUGUGACCGCAAUGCUGCCAUCUGCUUUUCAAAGGCCCCAUAUAACAAGGAAUACAAAAACUUGGACUCCAAGUACUGUCAGAGCUGAGUGUCGCCUCUGAAAAGUCUUCUUGUUGCCUUCACUUACACUUUGCUCUCCAUUAAAGCACCUUGUUGAAAGACCUCAUGUUUGCAGACUGUUUUUCUGUCUAUAGAACAUAGUCAAAUCAGCUCUGUGAGACUGAUGAUAUUAUCAGUUCAUCAAUUACUGAUAUUAUUGCCCCCAUUUUAUGGGCGAGGAACUAAAAACUCAGAGAAGUUGUCACUUGCCUAAGAUCACACAGAUGGUGAAGUCAGGAUUUGACCAGGUAUGUCCAAUGGAGCUCUGG